AUGCAGUAUCAAAGCCAGGUGCUGCCGCUGCUGCUGCAGCAGCUCGACAACCCCAGCCGCCUUGUGCAGCACAAAGCCUGCUAUGCACCAAGCGACAGCGUGCGGGAGGUGUGUUUGAGUGCGAUUCGUUCUGCUGCUGUUGCUAGCGCGGGAGAAGAGGAAGAGGAGACAACUGUCUCCUCGCUGUCUCCUCGCCCCUUUGACCCUUUUGCUGCUGAUCUUUUCCGGCUGCUAGAAGACAUCAUCAGGUCUCCCACUGUCCCUCGCGGUGCAGCAGCAGCAGCAGCAGCAGCAGGAACAGCAGCAGCAGCAGCAGGAACAGCAGCAGCAGCAGCAGCUGGGUGUUCGCCUGCAACAAAAGCAAGAGCUAUAGGGGUUAUUGGUGGGCUUGUGAAGGGUUUGUCUCCUUGCUGCUACCAGCAGCAACUGCCGCAGCUGCUGCAGCUAGUGGUGCAGCAGGUAGACGGAGGAGACAGUAAAGGAGACAGUAAAGGAGACAGUUCGCCUGAAGCAGCACAUGAAAUCAGAGAUGAAGCAUUUGCAUGCUUUCGGGAUGUCUCCUCGGCACUCAAAGAAAACUUCGUUCCCUUUUUAGAGCUGCUGCAGCUAGUGGUGCAGCAGGUAGACGGAGGAGACGGCAAAGGAGACAAAGAGCUGCAGCCUUUUGCCCUUGAGGACUCCAACGAUGAAGAAGAUACACAAACACCCAAAGAACUACAAAUCAGAGAUGGGUACCUGGACGAGCUGGAUUCUGCUGCUUUCUGUCUCCGCUCUUUGUGGGAGAACUGCGGGGGCCACUGCAUGAAAUACCUUCAGAAAACAUGCGAAGCCAUAGAAGUGCUGAAGACACACUUCCACGACAACGCGCGGCAGCAGGCGGGCUUCCUUAUUGCUGCUGUGCUGCUUGCUGCUCACAAAACCCUAAACCCUCAGCAGCAGCAGCAGCAGCAGCAGCAGCAGCAGCAGCAGCAGACAGAGGCACGGCCGCUGCAACCCCAUGUACUACAACUCUGGCAAACGCAGCUCUAUCCCCUUCUAUACGCUAUCCAGCAGCAGCAGCAGCAGCAGCAGCAGCAGCAGCAGCAGCAGACAGAUGCACGGCCGCUGCAACCCCAUGUACUACAACUCUGGCAAACGCAGCUCUAUCCCCUUCUAUACGCUAUCAUCAGCGAGGACGUGGAUAAGGAGACAGUAGGCGACGCUUUGUCUGCGAUGGGUGUGGUGCUGGAGGGUGUGGGGCCCGCAGCUAUCUUCAGCAGGGAGCAGCGCGAAGCUCUGCUGCAGCAGUGCAGCAGCUUGCUGCGCGGCUCACAUAUCUGUCAGCUCAAUCAAGACGUUGAUGAGGACGAUGACUCGCGGCAGGAGGAGGAGUACUUGUUUGAGGGUUUGGUGGCCUUCCUCUCCGCCUUUGCGAGUGCAGCAGCACAAGGAACAGCAGCAGCAACAGCAGCAGCAGCAGCAGCAGGAGGAGACAAUCAAGCAGCAGCAGCAGCAGCAGCAGCAGCAGAAGCAGUAGCAGCAAACUGCAACAUGAAAGAGUUCUGUGCUGCUUAUGCUGACCUUCACCCGCAUAUCCUCGCCCUGGCGGCCCACAAACACUCAAAAAUUUAUGCUGCUAUAGGACUCGGUUGCUUCGCUGAGGUGUUUAGAGAGAUGCUAGCAGCAGCAAUACCUUACGCAGGCCUAGCAGCAGUGCUGAAGGCUGUGGGGAGCGGCAUCGCCCAGGAUGAGGAUGAAGACUGCAGGCGCAACGCUUGCUUCUGUCUUAGUGUUAUCUACGAGACGGGGGAAUGGCAACUGCUGCGUUGCGUAUGA